AUGCAGUUAUAUUUAAAGCCAAUCAGCGAGGAAAUUUGCUUGGCGGUUGAUUUAAAGUGCUGUCCUAUAAUCCCGAGGUCAUCAUACCAGGUUUUAAUGAUUGAUAGCGAUAUUGAUGGGUUUUCCUCCCAGGAUGAGUCUUCUACAGUUGUGUCUUACGUUGCAGAACCUGUUGUUGGCAUUGAAAUUUAUUUCCUGCGACAAUUAACAAAUCCUUUUCGUGUUGCUUGGACACUCAUAAAAUUAGGCUAUGAACCGCUUGCUCCAAUUCAGUUUUAUUCCCCUUUAGCACUACUUGGAUGGUCGUUUCCUAUAGAUGUUUAUCCCAACUUUUUCAAGUAUGUAUAUCACCUGAUGAAAACGAUAGGUGUGUGGAAAGUGCUGACAGCAGGAUUUUUUGCAAAUGCUGCUCACGACUUUACUAUUGAAGUUUUUCGUGCAGCGUUUAGACGUCGAACUAUGAUAUGGAUACGAUCCGAAAAUAGUUUGGCCAACAAAGGGAAUAGGAUCUGUGCUACACAAAGUCAAGCUUCCACAGGAUUUCAAGCAGAACGGUUGUUGGAAGAGUCACCAACAUCAGUUUUCUUUGAAAGAUUUUCAGAGAUUUUACUGCUUAAAUUUUGGGAGGUAUUAUUCAGUCAUCCGUUUUAUGUUAUUACUGUAAGGCAAAUUGCAGCUCUUAUUGGCGGUGAAGUUCAUUAUACAUGGUUUCCUAUGGCUGUGCAAGCCAUUUAUCGCGAAAAUGGUAUUUUCGGAUUUUUACAGGGCUUCAUACCAAGGUUAAUUGGAGAAAUCAUCUUAACAUCUGCCUACUAUUGUUCCUGUCGGUUUGUUCGUUCUUUGAUAUUUGGUUUGGGACAUCGUUCUGCAGAGAAUAUGAGUGUUUUAAGAGUGCUACUGUAUUAUACAUUGCAUAAUUAUACCUACUCAUUUGAAGUAAGUUAGCUUUUGUUCUUUUUAAUAAAAAAUCAGUCUUUGUUGUAAUUAGAUACAAUUAUUUUAAUUGAUUGGUUAGGGUAUCAGUAUCUGCUGUGAAUGGUGAAAGUUGAGAGAUUUUUAAUCUAUCAUAAAACGUUAUUUUCGCAAACCGUUUGAUCAUACGAAUGUCUUUUUGGCAGUAUGUAACAGUGAUGGUAAACCGUAUGAUACACGUUUUAGUGAGGAUAAAAUUUGUUACUCACUACUUUACUUAUCCUCACUAACUUAUCAUAACUUUCUGUUCUAAAUAGGAUUUUGCUCAUUACUAGGACAUACAAGAGAUUUAUGCUCAAAUGAAGGGUUACUGCAUAACAUUUGUAUUUGAUUCGAUUUGUUAUGGAGCACAUCAUCCUAAAAAAAACUAAGGGAGGACUUGAUAGACAGACCCCAUUCCAAGUGGGAAUGGAAAAGUGCUUUGUUAGUAUAAGCAUCCAUGUUGUAUUAACAAUCUUCAUACAAUAGGUGUGGUCCGAGUGACUUUUUGCAACAUUACUGACUGCGUCGAAUAAUGACUGAAUUUCUUGUCGAUCGCCUUUAACUAUAUAAUUCCAGUCCCCCUCGUAGUCAGUGGGUGAGUAAUUCUUCCAAAUAUUCAUCGUUUCAAAUUAUUUCCAUUUAUUUUUUCGUAUACAUAUCUUCAAUGCCUUCACUAUUCCGGAUUAUUCAAUGACAGGUUGAUAUAUGUUUUAGUACAUAUAUUGUUUUUUAAUCGCUUUUCUCUUACAAUAGCUGACUGGAUGUGUAAUGGCUGUUCAUGGUGCUAAUCUUGUUGGCGCUAAUGAAGCCAAUUCUUUUCUUGAUUGGUAUGAGUGCAAAUGCUAUCUUAGCCUCAAUAAUCAAAUGACUAGAGGUUGGCGACCAUUUAUACGAAGUCAUGUACAAAAGAUCCAUCUACCUAAGAUGCAGCUUUAAAAUGUUUCACUUUGCAUUCAUUUUUCUGAAUUACUUACUUCAAUUUUAUAGUUUUAAGAGCCAUUUUGUACUCUUCACGCUGAAAAAAUAUAAAUAGGUAUCUCUUGACUCACAUUCUCAGAAUAUGUUCCUGUAUCAAAUUCUGUAUAGUUUAUAAUUUAUCCAAUGCAUUUGUAGCUAUGAUUGUGUUCAUAUGAAAUAGCUUCAUUUUUUCCUGUAAUUUUGUUGUUAAAUUCUUAAUUCAUCCUAUUAUCUUCAACAAGUCUUUUGUUUCUUGUACCCCAGUACAACAUACAAACUUGCUUGGAACAUAGAGCGAACUAAGGGUUAUUGCAGGUAACAAAAUACAACUCUAAGUGACGGACAGAGUGAAAACACUGAAAUAUGCUAGUAAAUUAAAAUUAAAAAGCGGUAGAAUAAAUAAAUACGGAGUACUCAUUUUUGUGUAGUCAUAUCAAUAUUGGGGAACAAAUGUCGCAUUGGCCUUAAUUUUACUGUUUGAUCUUUAUGCUAUGUUAUAACUUUCUGACCUAGUCUAUGUUCACAGUAGGUGAUUUUGUUAAAAGGAUUGAAGUCCCUGACCAGUAGCAAUAACUACUGAUCAUUGGGCUCGCAUACUCCACUGACAAAGAACUAUGCUGUGC